UUAGAGAGAGGCUUUGGUUUAGAUUUCAAUUGAGUUUGGUUUUGUUGGCUAUUUUGUGAUGUAAAUUUUUUCGUUUUAUGUAUAAUUUUUUGUAGACAUCAGACGGGUCGUGUUGCCUGGCCAAGACAUCCGCACUCGCACACAAAGCCACUGCUGCCAAGAUGUGGUCAGAGAAACAAUAUCUGGACAUGCUCAGCCUAUUUCUCCAGGCAAAGCCACCGAAACCGCACGAGCUGAGGCCGUGCUACGAACACGAGCUACUGCUGCACGCCAUCUGUCGCCCCAAGGAGCCGCUGACGAAGGAUGAGAUAACGGAUCUCGUGUGGAACAUGGCCAAUGGGCCCAAGAAGAAGACGUCCAAGUCCCGGAAACGGCAGAGUGGCGGUAUGGAUGUGAAACGCGAACCCACCGAUGCAGAGAUCAUAUUCGGAGGCUGUGUGAAGUCGCCUCAUUGCCGCUGCACCUGGGGGAGAUCACGCAUCGAUUGGCUAAACAAGCUGGAGCGGCAGCAUAUAGGGCAGUACUACUAUACGUGGCAGGAGCCGCCAGGAGUAAUCGCCGCUUUCAAGGAACCCCCGCCCAACAUAAGCAGGGAAAAGCUUAAAAAGACAGUUCGGGAAUGUAGCAGGGCCAGGAUGAAAAGACCUGGCUGCGGGGCCAUGCUGCUCUUCGCUUACGGCCGGUGCUUCGGGCACAAAUCCAGGAACUUCUCGGACGUGCCCGACCGCAACAACACUUCGUGAUUUGCCCUUGUGGGUGGUCUACAAGCAGGGGGGGAUCAACUUUUCAUUUUUCGACCUGCCUUUCUACAAUUUGAUUUCGAUUUCCAGUGCGCUGAGACCGCAAUUAAAUUCGCCUGCAGACACAACUCUCGACAAGCGCCGGCAGCUGGCAAAGUUGCCAGUUAGUAUUCUGCGGCAAGGCACGAGUGGCGGUAAAGGGAGAGACUGAAUCCUGAUUCCCACAGCCGCCAAGUCAGUGCAUAAUUUGAUGAAUUCGCCAAGUGGCAACUUGAAGACCAAGUUUCGGGCGCCAAUUGAAAUCGGCGAGAGUCCCUUCGCAGUUGGCCUUUAGUUUCAGGAGGCGUUGAGUGCAUCAACUACAAGCAGCAAUAAAAAAAAACAGAACAAGCUCAGCGCAACGAAAAAAA